GGAGCAGCCUCCCGCAACGCUCCCGCUCCAUCCCCGCCGCCGCCAGCAUCCCCGCCCCGGGCACCGCGCAGCCUCGGGGAUGCGCGUUUUCCCACGGUCCCCGCCGCCGCCCGCGCCGCAGCGAUGAGUGCCGCCCCGCCUCGCCCGGCGCUGCGCCCCCGCCGGGAAACGCGCGCAAGUGGGAUUUUUGGGAAUCUUCACUUCUCCGAAAGAUACGGCCAUGUGCUGCACUGGGAUUGACCAGCCAAAGAGGAAGAGUGAGCAGAUCACCAAGCAGCUUUUAAAACGAAGCAGGAAACCUUCUCUUUUAGGGAUCUACGGGUGCCUGAUUUUUCUGCGUGUACUGAUGAACCUGUGGCCUAUGAUCAACCUUUUCAAUGACAGCCAAUAUCACCAAAAAGCCUAGGGAGGAAGCUGCAAUUGCGGACUGUAAAAUGGAUUUAGGAUUCAAAGAUUGUAGCAACAAGACACCUACCAAGAACACCUCUGCUACUACAAAGAACUUUUCAGCCUGGGAAGAUUAUAGAAGUAGUAUUGACGACAUACAGUACUUUCUUAUUGGGCUGUACACACUUAUAAGUCUGGCUGGAUUUGUAGGAAAUAUGCUUAUACUAACAGCUCUACUAAAGCGCAAGCCGAAGACAAUAAUAAACAUUCUUAUUGGUAACUUGGCCUUUUCUGACAUCUUAGUUGUGCUGUUUUGUUCACCUUUCACACUGACAUCCAUCUUGCUUGACCAAUGGAUGUUUGGCACAAUCAUGUGUCAUGUAAUUCCCUUCCUCCAGUGUGCAUCAGUUCUGGUUUCAACUUUAAUGUUAAUAUGUAUUGCUGCAGUCAGGUACCGCAUGGUAAAAUAUCCGCUUUCUAGCAAUUUAACAGCAAAACAAGGCUAUUUCUUAAUACUGACCAUUUGGGCUCUUGGCUUUGCCAUUUGCUCCCCUCUGCCAGUUUUCCACAGAACUGUGGACCUCGGCAAAACUCUGGAUUUAGGGGCACUGGAGAACAAGCUCUUGUGUAUUGAGGCAUGGCCUUCCGACUCCUACAGAAUUGCCUUUACAAUAGCCUUGUUGUUCAUGCAGUAUAUUUUGCCACUGAUGUGUUUAACUGUUAGUCAUACCAGCGUCUGCAGGAGCAUAGGUUCCAGACUGUCAAACAAGGAAAACAAGUUUGAAGAAAAGGAGAUGAUAAAUCUAACGCUUCAUCCCUCUAAGAGUACCAGCACACAGGUGCAACCCUCCAACCAUUCCAGAUGGAGCUAUGCCUUUGGCAGAAAGCACCACAGAAGGUACAGUAGAAAGACUUCAAGUGUGGUGCCAGCAAUUUCAAGGCGUCAUCAGGAUACUCAUUCCAGAGACCUCCCAGAAACCUCUGGCACAGAAAAAAGCCAGCUCACUUCCUCCAGUAAAUUAAUCCCUGCGAUACCUAUCUGUUUUGAGGUGAAACCAGAAGAAAACAUAGAGAUCCAGGACAUGAUUACAGUAUCCCGAUCCAUCAUCAGAAUUAAGACAAGAUCUAGAAGAGUUUUUUGCAGACUGACAGUGCUAAUCCUAGUUUUUGGUUUCAGCUGGAUGCCUCUUCACCUUUUCCACAUUGUGACAGAUUUUAAUGCCACUCUCAUUUCUAACAGACAUUUUAAAUUAGUAUAUUGCAUAUGCCAUUUACUGGGUAUGAUGUCCUGCUGCUUGAAUCCCUUUCUCUAUGGAUUCCUUAACAACAGCAUAAAAGCUGAUUUAAUGUCCCUUAUUCCAUGCUGCCAAAUACCGUGAUUUUAUGUACCUCAAGAUAAAAUAAAACAAACAAGUUUGUCUUUCAAGUCUACUGACGUGUAUAGUUGUAAAAGCUAAAUUAGUUUAGUUUAGUUAUUCUGACUUGGUUGUGAUUAGUAUUUUGCAUGAAUGGAUAGUUCUGUGGCUGCAUGUUUCUUGCACUGGGCAGAAAAAUAUACGUAUAACUAUAAUAUUCUUCUAUCUAAUACAGAUAGGAAAUAAUGCCUAGUGUACAAAACCAAAAUACUAUUAUUUUAAAAACGUAUUUACCUGAAAUAUUAGUAAUCUGUACUUUGGAAUUAAACAGAAUAUAUCACAAGUAAUAAAUAAAUACUUAGACAUAUCAGUAUUAACUGUCAUAAAACUAUAAUAAAAUACAUGACAUUUACUAAAUAACCGUUGUUGAGACUAUUUCAGUGCCAACUUGGACUGUUCUCUGAGAUAAUUAAACAUCUGUUUCUGCAUGCGAUUAGAAGAAUAUUUUUCCUGAGCUCUUUGACUCAUACUUCAUAAUGUCUUUGCAAAAUGCUUUGCUGCUGCUUUCCACAUUGCUUUAUUCCCCGGAACAGGUUUCUGGGUAGUUGUUCUUGUCUAGAUUGAUUCCAUCUCACUGUGUUUACUCAGUACAACCUAUCUAUCAUUUCUUUAGACAGUUUUUACUCUGACUUGUUGUAUUGUGUAACCUUCAGCCAGGCCUGAACUUAUCUAUAGUUAUGCCUUUGUUCUUACAAAGAUGACUCCCUUGAACAUAAAACAUGCUUCUAAUGAGAGUAAGCCUUCAUUACCUAAGUGAGACUGGAAAGAGAAAGAAGAUGGAAAGACAGCAGGACUUUUUCUGUACUAAAAAAAAGCAAAAGCCUGCUGUACUUCAUUAUAG